AAAAACACAAUGAUUCUCCCAAGGAGAGAGUAUGAAUUCCCUCCCAUUGAUUACUAUUACUAUUACCCCCCUCAAGAGUGAAGAGUGAAGUAUAUUGAAAAAGCGAGGCACGGAAUGAAGAAGGUGGAGAAGAUUCGUCAAAUCGUGCAUCUGAAGCAGCUGAUGGCGCGGUGGAAGCACAUGAGCCUCCGGCAGACGGAGAGGCCACCGGCGGGGUCGAUCUUCGUGUACGUGGGCCCGGAGCGCACCCGGUUCGCCAUCCCGGCCCGCUUCCUGAACCUGCCGGUGUUCGAGGCCCUCCUCCAGCAGAGCGAAGAGGAGUUCGGGCUCCGCGGGCAGGGCGACCACGGCGGGCUCCUCCUGCCCUGCCAAGUCCCCCUCUUCUCCCUCCUCCUCAAACACCUCCACAAAGACCACCACAAAUACGGCAACUUCCCCCUCCAGGCCUUCGUCAACAUGCUCUCCGACUCCGACCCCUGCAAGGACCACCUCACCCUUUUCACCCCCCUGCUUCACAAAGCCCAAGUCUAACCAAUCUUUUUUCCUCUUAUUUCUACUCAUCCUUGGAUCCACUCUCUCAACUUUUCGUGGCUUUCAAUGAGAUGUCAUAUCUUUCCUUACCCUUUUCUUUUUUAUAGAUUGCCUUUCCCAAUCUUGCUUUCUGUCCAUGAUCAAAUUUUAGUGAUCAAUCAACAAUUGCAUGCUUAAUCGUUACUAUGGAUCUCUCACAUACUCUCCCUCUGGUGUUUUUUUUUUUUUUUUUCUCUUUAGGAAUGCACCAAACUAGUGCAUGUUUAUUACACAUUCAAGCAAGUUAGUCGUACUGUGAUACUAUCCAAUUCCGGCAGUGUUAUAUUUUUAGAAAAAUACUUAAUAAAA